AUGACAAUUGAUAAUCAAGAUAAUCUUUGUCUACGUUGUCACAACCGAGAAAAACUUUUUGAGACAUUCAAAAAAUGUUCGUACUGCUCCGCAAAACUUUGUCAACAAUGUUGGACUGAACUGCAAACUUCAGAUGAAUAUAAAGUUUUGAUUGAAACUCUUCCGAAAACGUCUCCGAGAAGAAUAUGUUCGACAUGUUUACAAACUCUAUAUGGACACAUAGCUAAAAAGAAACUUGCCGAUGAUGAGGAUGAUUAUCAGUUAGCUUUAGCAAUAUCUUUAUCACAAAAAGAAGCAGAUAAGCAACGAAAACAUGAGGAAAUCAAAGCAUCUUCGAUAACCGAAAAGAAAGUUGAUCAACGUGAGAACUUGUUAGACAAAACAGCGGAAGCGAUCGAACGAUUUAUGAACCGAGCGAAGAGCAAUUAUCAACGAAAUCGUGAUGUUAUUGGAGAUACCGCCUUGCUCUCUGCUUUCAUACUACUUCAAACAUGUGCGACGGAACUUGAACAGUUGAAACACGAUCUUGAUCGACAACGUCAACAUUUUGAAACAUUACAAGAAAAACUGACCACAUUACGUGAUGCUCGUGAAGCAUUGAACAUUCUUCGAUAUGAACAUCAGGCGAGAAAACGUCAAGAACAGAAACAUGCUGAUCAACAACGCAAGUUAUUAAUGAUGCAAAAAGUAGCCGAUCUCCGGCAAUUGAAACAUACACAAAUAGCCAAUUUUCAAGAAAGAUAUUUUCAUCGUUUACUCGAAGAAGAACAAGAAUCGAGUGAACGUUUGAAAAGGCAAAAAAAACUGUUACACGAAGAACAAUUUGCAUCAUAG